AUGAGUGAUUUUCAUCCUGAUGAUAAAAGCAUAGUAAGAAGAACAUACCUUGAUAGAAAACCUUGCCAACCUAAAAAUUUUGUGUUUCCUCAAACACUUAUCGGGCCGAAAAAUCGUCGAUUUAAUGUGGAUUGGUUUGAUACUUGGCCUUGGCUAGAAUAUAGUGUUGAAAAGGAUGCUGCAUUUUGUUUUGCUUGCUACUUAUUCAAGGAGGACAAUUCGGUUGGAAGAGAUGCUUUUACUACCCAUGGUUUUAAGUAUUGGAAUAGAUUGGAUGUAAUAAAAAAGCAUGUUGGUAGUCAUAAGAGUGUUCAUAGUAAUGCUAUGAUUGCUAUGGAACUUUUCAAGAACCAAAAGAGUAGCAUUAUUACUGGUUUAUCAAAACAAACAAAAGAAACCAUGAGUGCUUAUCGAACGCGAUUAGAAGCUUCUGUUGAAACUAUCAGGUGGCUUUUACUCCAAGGGUUGCCUUUUCGGGGUCAUGAUGAAAAAGAAAGUUCAUUGAGUAGAGGUAAUUUUGUUUCAUUACUUACUCUUCUUUCACAACAUGAUCCUGAAUAUUCCAAAGUUGUUUUCAAAUUGGCACCUGGCAAUUGUCAACUCACUUCUCCUGUUGUCCAAAAAGAUAUCAUUAAUGCUUGUGCAAAAGAGACAACGAAAGCAAUACUUGAAGAUAUGAAUGGUGGUUUUUUUGCUAUUCUAGCUGAUGAGUCCGCCGAUAUUUCUGAUAAGGAACAAAUGGCUCUUUGCUUGAGAUAUGUUAAUAAAAAGGGAGAAGUAUGUGAGCGUCUUCUUGGUGUUGUGCAUGUUCCCAAUACUACUUCUUUAACUCUUAAAAGUGGUAUUGAGUCAUUACUCAUGGAGCACUCUUUGACUUUCUCACAAGUUCGAGGGCAAGGUUAUGAUGGGGCAAGCAAUAUGCAAGGUUCAAUCAAUGGACUCAAAGCUUUGAUAUUAGAAGAAUGUCCUCAAGCAUACUUUGUGCAUUGUUUUGCACAUCAACUUCAGUUGACACAAGUUGCACUUGCUAAAAAGAAUUCAGAUUGUGGUUGGCUUUUUGUUGAUGUACUUGCACCUCUCUUGAAUUUUGUGGGUGGUUCACCUAAAAGGAAAGAAUUUCUUCGAGAGAAACAAGCUCAACGAGUUGUGGAAGCACUAUCCUCAGGUGAACUUGAAUCGGGAACGGGUUUAAAUCAAGAACGUGGCUUAGGCAGACCUUGUGACACUCGUUGGGGGUCCCACUUUAAAACAAUCUUGAAUGUGCUUGAUUUGUAUCCUUCAAUUCUUGAGUCACUUGAUAAAAUUGGUGAAGUUUCUGAUGCAAUUGAUUCAAAUAAAGCACAAGCUCUUACACACUUGUUGAUGUCAUUUGAUUUUGUGUUUGUGGCACACUUGAUGGUUUCUAUAUUUGGCAUCACAAAUGCAUUGAAUGUGGCUUUGCAAAAACGUGAUCAAGACAUUGUAAAUGCUAUGGCCAUGGUUGAUGUAACCAAGAUCAAUCUACAAAAGAUGAGAGAUGAAGGAUGGGAUUCUCAUAUGGAAAAAGUCACUUCUUUUAUGUCUAAAUAUGACAUCGAGAUUCCAAACAUGGAUGAGAAAUAUCAUGUUCCGGGGAGAAGAAUGUUUAGAGGUAAGAGCCCACAAGUUACAAAUCUUCAUCAUUUUCGAGUUGAAGUUUUCUUAAGUGUCAUUGACCUUCAAUUGCAAGAACUUGAGAAUCGGUUUCCGGAGAUAAGUAAGGAACUACUUAUUUGUAUGUCUUGCUUUAAUCCUACUAACCGUUUUUCUUCUUUUGACAAAAGAAAAUUGAUUCAACUUGCCAAGUUCUAUCCCAAUGAGUUUUCAAGUACUGAAAUGAUAUUUUUUGAUUGGUCACUUGAAAAUUUUAUUGUUGAUGUUAGAGGAGAUGAGAGAUUUUGGAAUUUAAAGAGUCUUCACGAGCUUUCAAUGAAACUUGUUGAGACGGGAAAGUCCGAAACUCAUGAUCGGGUCUACUUGCUUUUGAAAUUGGUGUUGGUUCUUCCCGUUGCAACUGCAAGUGUAGAAAGAGUAUUUUCUAGUAUGACGCAAGUGAAAGAUAAAUUGCGUAAUAGCAUGGGAGAUCAAAUGUUGAAUGAUUGCUUGAUUACUUAUGUGGAGAAAGAAAUGUUUUUGAAGGUUAGCAAGGAUGAUAUUAUAAAUCGAUAUCAAAAUAUGAAAACUCGUCGAGAACAAUGUAAUAUUUUCUAA